CCUCUCUCUCUCGUUAUUCUUUCGUCAUAUCGCUGAUCAUGGCAUCCGUGCAACCACCGAACCCAUUACCACCCGAUCAAAACGUCGGUCCAAUCCUCCUGGGCAUAUCGGGGACGUGUCUCGCCCUGGUGAUCAUCACCACUAGCGUGAGGAUAUGGGUACGCUCAGCCCUACGAUCGUCGGGUUGGGACGAUUACACGAUCAUCAUUGUUACAUUGCUCGGCAUCGCGCGGUUCGGCGUGCAGGUUGGGCAGGUUAGUAUUGGGAAUGGACGACAUCGCUGGUUCAUUGAGCCAGAGGAUUACGUGCAGAAUAAUAAGCUCGGUUGGGUAGCGCAGAUUUUGCUUUUUGCGAGUAUUUGUUUACUCAAGAUUUCGAUCCUGUUGCUUUUGUUGAGGAUUAAGGAUUCGAGGAGGGUGAGGUACGCGGCUUGGGGGAUCAUGGCGGGAUUGGUUGUUACGAAUUUUGGAUGCAUCAUUAUUUUGCUUUCUGAGUGCAGACCUGUCAGUGCAUACUGGACUGGCGUUGGCGAGUGUUGGAACCCGCGAAUUCGAAUUUACUAUAUUUACGCUACGAUUGCUUUUUCCAUUCUCACAGAUUUGAUAUGUUCUCUCCUACCAGUCCUUGUGAUAUGGAACACCAGCCUUCCAUUGAAGACAAAGAUCUCAGUCUGGGCUUUGAUGAGCUUGGGACUAGUUGCCACCGGUUUCGGAAUCGCCCGUGCAGCAUCACUGGGCGUCGUGACAUCAGAUCUAAGCUGGGUCUACGCCAUAACAGCAAUCUGGUCAAACCUCGAACUCUACCUCGGCAUCGUCGGCGCAAACCUCGCCCUCAGCCGCUCAAUAUUCGCAUACUUCUUCCGCGAAGGCGGAACGACCAAGGGAUCUUCAUACGGCGGUAUGCCGAGGUCAACAUCAGCGUCGAGAAAUCUUAGAGUUCCGAACUCAAGUGGCUUUCGAUCGGGGCAAAGUCGUCUUCAGUCGAGGGAUCAGGAUAGUGAGAUUUCGCUGGUGCAGACGACGACGAAGAAACAGCCGAGUACGUGGUAUACGGAGGAGGGAGUAAGUGAUGAGAAUUUGAAUACGGGGAAGGGGAGUCGAAGUGAUGGAUGAGGUUUUGGUUGCAGAGAAAAGUUUAUGGAAUUAAUUGGGAUUCAAUUAAAUGACCGUUUAUGACUGAAUAUUGUUGAAGCUAGAGUGAGAAUCUUACUCAUUGGACGAACCAACUCCGCAUAAUCGAGUUAAGACUAUGGACAAAACCGCAAUCAUUGACGGUCAAGGACAAUUAGCAGCGACAACAUCCAUCAUCACGACGCGAUUUCAAUGCAUCAGACUCGUAUUGACCAAACUCCG